AUGCCUUUCGCCUACGAUCAUAUAGACACACGACAUAAAGACCAUGCAGUUAUGAUGUCGUUUAGUUUCAACGACCAAGAAGCUCAAAGUACAAUAUGGCGUGCAAUGUCUUUAAUUAAUAAUACAGAAUUUCACUACAAACAUAUUGGAGGGUCUGCAGGAGUAUCCACUGUGGUCACAUACCUUCUCGAUGAAUAUUUAAUAGAUGACUAUUUUAUAUCGGUGUUUUGUGAAGAUGUGGAAGCAUUUGUGAGGCAUCAGAUAAAGACAUUGAGUUACUUGUCAUUAGAUAUUUUGGAUACCGACGGAGAUCAGAAAGUGUUAGAACCGAUCUUUAACAGAAUAUGUAGAUGUUUGGAAAAGUCACUGGAAUCGAGAACUGAAAAGUUGAAAGUAGAACAUUUAUCUCUCCCUGUUCUCAAAAUAAAUCAAGCUGAAGCAGCAGUCAACCUACUCGACCGUGACAUUCUACGAAAGGUUACUGUAAUCUUACCGUUUAAAGAUCAGGUAUUCACAGCAGAUGACUUCAUACCUCUAAUAGAAGGGCAGGGAUGGCAAAUGUUGGAUCUGAGAAUCAAGUUACAUGAGUUAUCAUUUGAAGUGUUCGAGAAAAUGAAAAAGCUGCUCACCUCCACUUCCAACAAACUCAAUUGUAUCAUCAUCGACUUUGAAACCAUUGAUGAUAAAUGCAUCGAGUUUAUUGAAGAACCACAGCGCUUGUUAGAUGGAAAGACUGUCAAAUUAAUAUUCGAGUGCUCAAAAAAUCCAGUUGAAGAAAUGACCAUGAUCCCUUCGAUAAUGAGGUCAAUUGUAUCAAGUUUAGGAAGUACUCAGAUCCAAUCACUUCGAAAGGUGUCUAGAGGUAUCCGACACUGUCUUGAUUAUAUCAAACCAGAUCCGCAAAUCCUCGCUUAUUACCUGGUUCUCAAGAAACCAUCGGGAGUUAGUUAUGAUGAAUUGAUGAAUGAAGAAAUUUGGGCGCGCUACAAAGGAUCUCUGGAACAGGAAGCAGAUCGAAUUGUAAAUAAUUUCGAAUUGAAAACAAGACAUCAAAAAAGAUGCAUGGAUUGGCUACUCAUUGGAAUGGAUAAAAAAAUCUGGAAAUCGAAAGAAGAAGAAGAAUCAGUUAUGUCAAAGUUUUUCAAAGGGAUAAGAGAUGUUUUGAUCUCUAGGUCGUCCCCAUUAAAAGUCAACACAUUGACUUUGAUGAUCCACCGAAUAUGUUUGGUAAUGGAUAUACUACCGUAUCUCGACACAGAAUCUUUGUCCGGUAUUACCCUUAGGAGGAUCGAAGGAAUUGAUGAAGAAUGUACUAUUGAACUAGAUGAAGUUUCAAAAACUGAGCAAUGGAGCAAGGCGAAGAACCUCCCCCAAUCUCCAGUCUUUCAAAAGUUCCAAAUAUACAUCAAAAACUGUUUGGCUGCUGACUUUCUUGGAACAUUGGGAGAACCUUAUCGAGUCGUCAACAAUUGCAAGUAUAUUUGGUAUUUCCGAAUUGAAAAUACCUCAGAAUAUCUUCAUGUAACGCUUGAACAAAUUCCUCUUCAAACUGGAGGCCGUUUGCACUUUGCGAGAGUCCAUCAUGGUGAAACUCCAUUCUUUUGA